AUGACGACGAAUACUUUGCGAAGUCUCUUGUUCUUCUGCGCGUACAGAGGACAAAACAGAAGAGCGAGGAGAAGAAACUUUGCGAGCACGACGUGCUUCUUUUGUCCUCCUUCUUCUUCUUCUUCUUCUUCUUCUUCUUCUUCUUCUUCUUCUUCUUCUUCUUCUUUUGUUUCCAAUUCGAGAAGGAGGAGAUGUUUUUCGACGGCGACGACUACUACGAACGACGACGACACCAUCGCGAUGCUCUCGAGCGCGGAAAACGCAACCGCGAAACGCAUCGCGAAACUGAGAACGUCCAAAACGUUUCGAGAGAAGGAAAAAUCCGUCGUCAUCGUCGGGUCGACGGUGUUGAGGGAGAUUUUACAGGCGGGAGCUCUUGGAGCGUCGGAAGAGAAGAAGAAGAAGACGAUACGAGUGAAGUCCUUGUUGUUUGCGAUGGAGAAGAAGAAGACUUCCCGGGACGGAGAGAGUUACGAUGAUGAUUCGCAAACGACGACGACGACGAGAGACGCGCUGCGGCGAGAUAUCGCCGAUAUCGCGGGAGGCGAGGAGGCGAAGAAUAGGACGGAAUAUUACGCGACGGCGAAAGUGAUGAAGAAGCUCGCCGGCGUGGAGAACGCCGACGGGAUUGAUCUGGUCGCAGAGUUGGAGAUGCCAGAGAUUCGCGAGGUAACGGAGUUUAUGAUGCAAGAAAAAAGAAUAGAAAAAGUGUUGUGUCUGGACGGCGUUCAGGAUCCUGGAAACGUCGGAACGCUUUUAAGAACCGCCGAGGCGUUUGGAUUCGACGCGGUUGGAUUAGGCCCGAAAACGUGCGACCCAUUCAACGAUAAGUGUGUGCGGUCGAGCAAAGGAACCGCGUUUCGGAUGCAAAUGUUUACUUGGAAAACGAACGAGGAGUUUUUCGAAGGCUUGGUGAAUGGCGGCACGUUUGAAUUGAAACGGAACGUCUUGGCGGCAAUGCUCGCGGGCGAAAACUGCGCAGAAGUUGCCAGAGAGCUGGACGAUGGUAAUAAUAGUAAUAAUAAAGUGUGUUUAGUUUUAGGUAGCGAAGGGCAAGGCGUGAGCGAGGAAAUCGCGAGUUCGAUUCGUGCGAUUACGAUUCCAACGCCAGGAGUCACGGAGAGUCUAAACGUCGCCGUUGCCGGCGGAAUAUUAAUGUCAAGCCUCACCGUCAGGUGA